AUGUCGGCCAAUGGAGAAGCUCGCCCCAAGCGAAGAUCUAGUCCUAUUUCCGCGAUUGAAAGACCGAAGAAACAGCUCAAACAAGAGAAUGGAGUUCCAACCCCGGGAGACGCAACACCACAGAAUGGGUCCGUAUAUGACGUUGAAGCGAAGUCGAGCUCCGUCCCCAUUAUAAACGCGGUCUCGGCUGCAGGUGACUCUCCAGAAUGGCAAGCGACCAUCGAGAAGGUGAUCAAAAGCGUGGUUUCAAUACACUUCUGUCAAACUUGCUCGUUUGAUACUGACCUAUCUACGUCAAGUCAAGCCACUGGCUUUGUCGUGGAUGCAGAGAAUGGUUACAUUUUGACAAAUCGGCACGUUGUCUGUUCCGGUCCUUUUUGGGGCUAUUGCGUGUUUGACAACCACGAAGAGUGUGACGUCCGGCCUGUCUAUCGAGACCCAGUACACGAUUUUGGCAUCCUACAAUUUGAUCCCAAGGCGAUCAAGUAUAUGAAGGUCCAGGCGCUUGGGCUACAACCCGAAUCGGCCAAAGUCGGCGUGGAAGUGCGCGUUGUGGGCAAUGAUGCCGGUGAAAAGCUCAGCAUUUUGUCCGGUGUGAUCAGUCGGCUGGAUCGCAAUGCUCCAGAAUACGGCGAGGGAUACAGUGACUUCAACACCAACUAUAUACAAGCCGCCGCCGCCGCCACUGGAGGGAGCUCUGGUAGUCCCGUGGUAAAUUUAGGUGGCAAUGCGGUCGCCCUGCAGGCAGGGGGCCGUGUUGACGGGGCUGCCACCGACUAUUUCCUUCCUCUUGACAGGCCUUUGCGAGCUUUGCAGUGUCUCCAGAAUGGGUCACCAAUUACUCGAGGAACAAUCCAGACUCAGUGGAUGCUAAAGCCCUUUGAUGACUGCAGACGGCUUGGUCUGACCCCAAACUGGGAAUCUGAAGUACGAAAACACUACCCGACUGAGAACAGUAUGCUGGUGGCCGAGAUUGUACUACCAGAAGGCCCAGCGGAUACCAAAAUUCAGGAAGGUGAUGUGCUGAUCAAAGUCAAUGGGGAACUUUUGACCUCGUUUGUCAAAUUGGAUGCAAUCUUGGACGCAAGUGUGAGUGGCACAGUACACCUCCUUUUCCAGCGUGGCGGAGAGGACCUCGAAGUUACACUUGACGUACGUGACCUGCAUGCCAUCACUCCUGACCGGUUUGUUACUGUGGCUGGGGGAAGCUUCCAUAAUCUAUCCUAUCAACAAGCCCGGUUGUAUGCCAUUGCUUGCAAGGGACUGUACGCAUGUGAGGCUGCAGGAUCAUUCAAGAUGGACAAUGCUCUCUCUGGUUGGAUUAUCGACACUGUGGAUCAAAAGCCGACACCCGAUCUGGAUACGUUUAUUGAGGUGAUGAAGGCGAUUCCCGAUCGUGCAAGGGUCGUUAUAUCAUACCGGCAUAUUAGGGAUUUGCACACCAGAGCGACUAGCAUUAUUCAUAUUGACCGACAUUGGCACCCAAAGAUGAGACUCUCGACCCGAAACGAUAGCACUGGGCUGUGGGAUUUCAAAGACCUUGGGCUCGCUAAGCCAGCAGUCCCACCGGAGCCUAAAUCGGCUGAUUUUAUUCAGCUUGAUGGGGUCAACCUUCCGGCAGCAGCAGAAAUAGUUCGAUCAUUCGUGAAGGUGUCGUGCUAUAUGCCGGUGAAGAUUGAUGGGUACCCUCAGGCACGCAGGACAGGAUUCGGACUGGUGAUUGAUGCUGAAAAGGGGCUUGUGGCUGUCUCGAGAGCAAUUGUCCCUUACGACCUAUGCGACAUUACCGUGACGGUGGCUGAUUCCAUUCAGACAGAAGGCAAGGUUAUUUUCCUUCAUCCACUAACCAAUUAUACCAUCAUCCAGUAUGACCCAAAGCUGGUGCAAGCGCCUGUGCAAACCGCCAAAUUGUCGACCGAGACGAUCAAGCAAGGAGCAGACACGAUAUUCGUUGGCUUCAACCAGAAUCAUCGGGUGGUGGUGGCCAAGACCACUGUGACCGACAUCACGGCUGUUGGGAUCCCCGCCAAUGCGGCAGCACCCAGAUACCGAGCGGUCAACCUAGAUGCCAUUACGGUGGACACUGGGCUAUCAUCACAGUGCUCGUCUGGAGUUCUGAUCGGAGCGGACGGGGUUGUGCAAGCCCUGUGGCUCACCUACAUGGGUGAACGAAGCCAGGGCAGCCAUCGGGACACUGAAUAUCACCUUGGUGUAGCGACGACGAUGAUCAACCCGGUGAUGGAUCAAGUCCGGGCCGGGGUGAUCCCCCAGCUCCGCAUCCUUAAUAUGGAGUCGUAUGUGGUUCAAAUGGCACAGUGCCGAAUCAUGGGGGUGUCCGAAGAAUGGAUUAAAAAGGUGGCGAAAGCCAAUCCUUCACGACAUCAGUUGUUUAUUGUGCGGAAGGUUGACUGCGGGCCAGCCAAUGGUCCCAACGAUGGACAAUUGCUCCAGGAAGGCGAUAUCAUUCUCACGUUGAACGACCAAUUGAUUACGCGAGUAUCGGAUUUCGACAUCAUGUACGAUAAAGAAUGGUUGGAGGCACUUGUGGUGCGUAAGGGGCAGGAAGUGCGUCUCCGAGUGCCCACGGUGCCGACGCAGGACCUGGAAACCUCGCGAGCGGUGAUAUUUUGUGGGGCGGUUCUUCAAAAGCCGCACCACGCGGUGCGACAGCAGAUCAGCAAACUGCAUUCAGAGAUCUAUGUCAGUGCACGGAGUCGAGGGUCACCGGCAUAUCAAUAUGGGCUGGCCCCAACGAAUUUCAUCACGCACGUUAAUGGGACCCGAACGCCAGAUCUCGAUGCGUUUGUCAAGGAAGUGAGCAAGAUCGAAGACAACACGUACUUCCGGCUGCGUGCAAUGACAUUUGACAAUGUGCCAUGGGUGGUGACAAUGAAGAAGAACGACCAUUAUUUCCCCAUGUCAGAAUAUGUCAAAGACUCCAGUCGACCCAAUGGAUGGAAGGUGAUUUCAUACGGGCCCAAGGGCAAGAAGCCUGGGAGCAAAAUCGAUGGGGCACCAGUGACAGCCGAGGCCAUGGAUGAAGGCGCGGAGGGUAGCGAGGGUGAGGAGGGACCUGAUAGCUGUGAAGAAUAA